GUGCUCCUGGCGUUCAGUAAGAAAAGCGUCGCCCAGCGGUCUAGUACGAACGUAUACCGAACGCUUUGUAUAUCCUGUAAAUUAUAUCCUGUGUGUGCGAUUGAUCACGUCUGCCUGCACAUAAAUAGAGUAACCAGCCAGCACGAAAAGUUAAAAUACAUAGAGGCGAGCGAGGCGAGAGCAUAUUUCAUAAGUUUGCACUCCGCACACAUAGAAAGUAGAAAGCAGCGGCGAGAGCCAGAGAAAGCUGGCGACAAAGGCUAACGCACGACCUUUGGCACCGAGUUCAGAUCCUGCGGAGGGGUCAGCAGCAAAUCAAUAAAGACAAAGACUCACAGCCAGAGCAACUGCAUCACCAGCCAAUACAGCUUCGCGUCCCGAGUCCAGCGACCAAAAUUCACUCGCAAAUUAUGCUGACCAUGUCGACCCUGAUGAUGCCAGCACCGACCAUAGCCAUGGGUGCCCCGCAGAUCACAAUGGGUCCGCACAAGCCGCCGGAAACGAAGCUGCUGGCCAUCCAUCCCGCUGCAGCGGCCGCAGCAGCCGCCCAGCAGCAACAGCAGCAGCAGUCGGUGACAGCUGCUCAUUUGCAGCACAAUGGCCAGCAGCAGCACUCGCAGCAGCAACAGCAACAGCAAAUGUCGCAACAGCAACAGCAGCAGCAGCAGCUCGUGGGCAACAACUCCAAGCCAGAACAGUUUCACAUUUUUGUGGGCGAUCUGAGUGCCGAAAUCGAAACGCAACAGCUGAAAGAUGCAUUCACCCCAUUCGGAGAAAUAUCAGACUGCAGAGUUGUGCGCGAUCCGCAGACGUUGAAAUCAAAGGGCUAUGGCUUUGUCAGCUUUGUCAAGAAAUCGGAGGCGGAAACCGCCAUCACUGCAAUGAAUGGCCAAUGGCUGGGUUCGCGCUCGAUACGCACAAAUUGGGCCACACGAAAGCCGCCGGCAACCAAGGCAGACAUGAACGCCAAGCCGCUGACCUUUGACGAGGUCUACAACCAGAGCAGCCCCACCAAUUGCACUGUCUACUGUGGAGGCAUCAACGGAGCCCUCUCCGGAUUCCUCAACGAGGAGAUUCUGCAGAAGACCUUCUCGCCGUAUGGCACAAUACAGGAGAUACGGGUCUUCAAGGACAAAGGAUACGCAUUCGUGCGUUUCUCCACCAAGGAGGCGGCCACCCACGCCAUCGUGGCCGUUAACAAUACGGAGAUCAACCAGCAGCCGGUGAAGUGUGCGUGGGGCAAGGAGAGUGGUGACCCCAACCACAUGUCGGCCAUUGCCGGUGGGGCCUUGGCCCAGGGAUUCCCCUUCGGCUCGGCGGCAGCGGCGGCCGCAGCGGCUGCCUAUGGACAGCAGGUGGCCGGAUACUGGUACCCGCCGGCACCCACAUAUCCGGCGGCAGCCCCCGCCAGUGCCCUUCAGCCCGGACAGUUCCUGCAGGGCAUGCAGGGAUUCACCUACGGUCAAUUCGCCGGCUACCAGCAGGCGGGAUACAUGGGAAUGGGCGUCCAGCUGCCCGGCACCUGGCAGAGUGUGCCGCCCCAGCCUCAGCUGGCCAGUGCAGCGGCAGCCACUGCGCCGCAGAUCACACAGAGCGUGGGCAGCGCAUUGCCGCAGGCGGCCGGAGUGGUCGCCUAUCCGAUGCAGCAGUUCCAGGUUAGUCCACAGCUGGCGGAGGACGAGUGGAUGGCGCCCAGUCUGCUCGUGUAGCUGCCAUGAGGGAUGGCCAUGUAUCCCACACAGCAGCACCAGCAGCAGCAACAACAGCAGCAGCAGCAGCAGAUGCUGCAGCAGCAACAUG